GUGUACUGCCACUGAUGACUGUCAUUGCCAAAAUAUUAGAAGACUAUCAGCAGGAAGAAGAACCAAACUACAUUGUACAAUGUAACUGGUUAGCUGACCCUUCAACAGGAAGUAGAACCAAACUUGCUGGUUAACUGACCCUACAACCAGGAAGUACAACCAAACUUGCUGAAACUGUAAAUCAACACCAUGCCGAUUACAAAGAUUCCAAUUGUUCACAAGUUUGGUAUUAUAUCACAUAGUCAAAGAUUAGAGUUACAGGAACGUUUACUCAAACAGUCUUACCUGCAGAGUGUAGAAAGUCAAAAAGUUUUACAAACAAGUCGUAAUCCAUUAGAAGUUACAGAGGAAUUUGUAUAUCAGUACAACAAUGCUAAAACAUUGGACGAGAGAGAGAAAUACGAGGCUACAGCUCACAAAAUGUUGGAAAGAUCUAAGAGAAGAUCUGGUUUGCGGCUUAAUGGAUUAGGACAAUAUGUAAAUUUACCAAUGGCCUGGACUGAGCUAGCUCAGUUGGCUCAGUGUAAGGGCAAAAUACAGGAAGAAUGUCUAGAUGUAUUGAUAACCACACUUGACCAGUCACCUCUAGAGAGAUUCCACAUCCCAGCUUUGUUCUUCCUGGCAGAGACAAUGUUAUACUGGCUCAGGACAGAUGCUGUUCAUCAACCAUAUCUUAGGACUGGAGAAAUUAAACUCUUAAAGAUGGGACAGCUGGCUUUCACCCGAUUGUUUUACCAUCACAUGGCAGGACAACUCCAAGGACAAAAUGAGUUUAAAAACAGACUCUUUACAUACUUAGAUGGUUUAUCUGAAUGUCAAGAAGCCUACAGCCCCUACCCAAAUGCCUUAUUAUCACUAAGAUUUAUAAUAACUGUUGGUAAAAUAAUCAUGGCUGACACUGAAGUUGAACCUGGUGAGAUCAAGGAAGGAGAUAAUGUAUCAAAGCCCCGAACUCCACUCAGUAGACCAAGUAUGCCUUACAGUAGAGGAACGUCUGGCACAGCACAUGAUCGCCAUGAAAAUAGUGAGAGACAAAGCCAAUCAGCUCACAGUGGGGCAAUAAGUAGUAGUGUACAUGAUCUGAGUCCAACCUUAUGGCAUGCUUUGGAUGUGUGGAGGUGUACCAAUCAUCUUGGAGGGGGAUUGGCUGAAGCCCUGCAAGCUCUAGCUACAUGUGGAAUGGGAUUGUCAAAUGAAAACUGGGUUGACAGCAUGAUUGCUUUACAAAUAUUGGCUGAAGCAGCUAAAUCAAACAUAGCAGCCAUGAAAAUUCUUCAUAGUCUUGCUCGUGGGUCAAGACCUAAAGUGAAAGGAGGCUCUCCACCAGACAGUUCAAGAUCAGAUGACUCAGUUGAAACAGGUCGUGAUGUAUACAGUGUUACCAGUGACAACUCUGAAAAAGCUCAUGAAUCCAGAAGUAUUGGUAGUUCUAAGCCAAGUCUUAGUGAUAUCUAUGAACGUAGUGAGGAAGAUCAUGACUCUGCCAGAAAAUCAAAACACACAAGAUCAGAUCAAGAAAAACAGGACACCUCUCCAGAAAAAUCACCAGAACAACAAAAAACUGCUCUAAGUAUUGAAAAUCUAGAAAAGUUUGAGUCCAGUUUGAAAAAAGAAAAACCACAAAGGACAACUGCUAGUCGUGAGAGAGAAGUAUCAUUUGCUGAAAAUGCUAAGAACAAAAUGACUGACAAAAACAGAAUUAAAACCUAUACUAGAGAUUCAGUGAGGACAAAUCCAUCUACACGGGAUUCUAAAAGGGGGUCUAGUUUUCACUCUGAUCCCUUACCUGGUACUGCUUGGAAGGCUGAAGUAGGAUCAGAUUUACCAAGUGGCAGAGCAUCGGAAGCUAGCUCGGUUCCUACUUACACUAAUUUACCUGUAUCAGAAACUCCAGGAAUCAAUGGUUGGCACUGGGAAGUUGCCAUUACUUUUACUGACACUCUAGCAGAGAUUUGCCUUUAUGGAAGUAAUGCUAAUAUACAAAAGAUAGCAUUGAUGGGUAUUAAUAAAGAUGUAUCAGAACCAUUCAAGCGUGGUUAUUCCAGUGUACCAUUAGUCAGUGCUGGACUUCUAGACUUGGCUUUCUUUCAUGCCACCAAUGAAGUUAGGGAUGGAGGUCCUAAUGACUGGAGUUGGAGAAUAAGGUUUGGUGCUAUACAAUCUUUAGUAAAGAUUUGCCGUAGUUUAGCCAGUGAUAAAGCUAGAGAGGGGAUGAGAACAGCUGCUUGGAACAGUCUUCUUAGGGCACAUUCAAUGGAGAAGGAUGACAGAGUCUUAGAGGCAUUGAAAGUUGGACAGGUACAUACAGAUUUGGAGAGCCUAUUAAACAAGCCAACAUUAUGCAACCCUGGUAGACUUGGUGGAAUGAUAGCUGGUGGUCUGUCUAACAUCUACCUACCACCCCUGCCACCUGCAGUAAAUCCUUAUGUACCUACUGCCAGAAAGAGCUCACCUCCUCCAAAGGUACAGCAAGUAUCUCCAAGACAGAAGAAACCUAACAGAACAACACUUAAGGAGGAAAUACAGCUAGCCACAGCUUUAUAUGAACCACCUGUUGGUGUAAAUACUAGACUUAGCUUUGAUUUGAGGAGAAUUGUGGAAGAUCAGUGGAGAAAAGAAUUGCAGCUUGAUUUGGAAAAGGAAGAAAAAGAUAGACAAAAAGAAAUAGAAAUAAAUCAAAAGGAAGAAGAAGAUAGACAGAAGGAACUUGAAGAAAGAAGAGCUCAGAAACUGCAAAAAAUCUUAGGAUAGUCCUUCUAUAAUAUUUUGAUUGAAAAAAAGAAAUCUUGUCAAUUGUUUAGAGCUAUGAAAAUUUAAGUCAAAAUUAAAAGCAAGGAAUUAGUGACGAUAUGUUGUUAUUGCAUAUAUGUUAGGCUAGCGAUUGAAAGAAACUAAAAAAAAAAAUCAUCUGCGGAUUUAAAGGUUUCAUGUUGUGAUUCCAGCUAUAACAAACUGUCAUUGUGAAUAAGGAAACCCCAAAUGAAGGAUAUAUUUAUGACAUAUUUUUAAUAGUUUGGUGAUGCUUCUAUUUCAUUGUGAAUCACUUUUAGACUUCAUUUAUAGUUUUGUAGUAAUAGAGUACAAGAAUUAUUGUCAAACAACUUCAGCUUUAAAGGAUGAUGUAGAGGAGGAUAUAAUCUGUGUUAUGUUUUAUAUGAUUAAUCUAUCUAAGGAUUAUAGUUAGACAAGAAAAUAGACAUUUUUAUGCCACAUUUAGGUGCACUUGGUGAUUCAGUCUGGGCAUCUGUUCAUCUCUUCAUUCGUCUUCUCAUCCGUCCAUUUAUUCUUCCAUCUGUCCCGCUUCAGGUUAAUGUUUUUCGUCAGUGAAUUUUUAGAUGAAGUUAGAGUCGAAUCAUCUUGAAACUUUCAAAAUACACAUGUUCCCUUUGAUAUGAUAUUUCUAGUUUUAAUGCUAUUUACCCCAAUUUCAUGGUCCAAUGAACAUAGAAAUGUUAGUGUGAAAGGAGGUUAAAGUUGGUUUUGGUCAAGGUAGGUUUUGAUGAAGUUGAAGUCCAAUCAACUUGAAACUUUGUAGACAUGUUUCCUGUGAUAUGAUCUUUCUAAACCAAAUUAGAGUUUUAACCUCCAAUUUCUCAGCAGAAAAUGAUAUCUGGGGCAUCUGUGUACUAUGGAAACAUUCCUGGUAUGUUUUUUUGUUUUUUUUAAAUAUUUUCAUUUAGCAAUUAAAUUAGGUAUAGAUGCAUUAUCACUCAAUAAGACUCGUCAUUAUCAAGUAUUUGCCAUUGGUCUAAAUAAGAAAUUAAUUUUAAAACACCUUAAAUAUAUAAAGUUCUUUCAUAGAUAAUAGUGCCAGUUAUAUUGGUUCAUAUGACUUAGAAAUUAUAUUUUAUAUUAUGGCAAAUAUUUAAGUAUACAACAAAUUUUUUAUUUGCAAUAAUUUGAGUAAAACUUGGAAACAACUACUGUAAUACUGCUUGAGACAAAAGUUUUACAGAACUUAUUUCCCCAGUAUAUUCAUUAUCACAAAUCUCAUUUUUUCAUUUGUACAACUUAUAUCAAAAUUUAUAUUUUUUAUUUUGUAUAACAUUAUGUCUAUUUGUUAUUUACAUUUAUGUGAGUUUUUAUCCAUUGUUUAUGUUUUACAUUGUAUCUGUGAUAUAAUAUUAAUUUUAAUGAUUUCAAGUAAAUAAAAGUUGAUGUAAAAUUUCACAAAAAAAAUUAUAUUGGAAUGAAAUCCAGUGAAAUAACCAAACAGUUUAUUAUGGGGAUCAAGAUACAAGUGUUUGUCAGAAACUUUCUUAAAAUGCAUUAUAUUUGUUAGUUCACUUAUUAUCUUGUUCUAAACUUUAAAGUGAAAUUGAACCCCUAACUGGAGGAGAAAACACAGAUCAAAGGGAGAUACUUUUUGUUGGAGGCUGUUAUUCUAUUAAAAAAUAUGUAUCAAUUUAGAUCAAUUAUCUCCAGAUUUGAACACAGAUAUAAAUCUUCAUAAAAGUCAUUGAAGUGUAAUAACUAGGUCAGUAUGGCCUACUUUAACAUGAAUAUUGACAUGCUUCACACAAUACAUCCUUACACCAAGUUAUAGGAUUGAAGGUGACUUAGUAUCUGUAAACUGACUUACACCAAGUUAUAUGAUUGAAGGUGACUUAGUAUCUGUAAACUGACUUACACCAAGUUAUAGGAUUGAAGGUGACUUAGUAUCUGUAAACUGACUUACACCAAGUUAUAGGAUUGAAGGUGACUUAGUAUCUGUAAACUGACAUACACCAAGUUAUAGGAUUGAAGGUGACUUAGUAUAUGUAAACUGACUUACACCAAGUUAUAUGAUUGAAGGUGACUUAGUAUCUGUAAACUGACUUACACCAAGUUAUAGGAUUGAAGAUUACUUAGUAUCUGUAAACUGACUUACACCAAGUUAUAUGAUUGAAGGUGACUAAGUAUCUGUAAACUGACUUACACCAAGUUAUAUGAUUGAAGGUGACUAAGUAUCUGUAAACUGACUUACACCAAGUUUUAUGAUUGAAGGUGACUUAGUUUCUGUAAACUGACUUAUUGAAGUUCUAAAACUGUUAUCAAAGCCAUUGAACCACAAAUUAUAUUGUGACUUCAUCUUAUGGAUAACAAGCAUAGAUAUUAACAAAACCAUUAAAAGUCUACAGUAUAUAUAUAUUUUUACAUUGAUGCAUUUAUAAACAAAGUUGUUGUU